UGCUUGGCAUAAGCUAACCUACAUCUACAGUGCUAGUGCUGACACUGAUGCUAAAGUGAAGGAAUUUAUAGACAGUACAGAAGAACAGAGUAGAGAACUUCUUCUGCAGGCAAUUACUUCUAAAGUCAAGGUGGCAUUGAAGGAUCACUUCAGAAAAGAUAAUAGUGAUUUUGACAAAUUUCUAGACUGUUUACGGUCAAGUUUUUCAAGGUUUGAGAUGAAAAAUACAGAGACCUAUGAGACCCUCAUCCAGGCUGUCCAUCACAUCAUUGUCACUGAGUAUGUUCAGGCUUUCCUAACUGCUUCUGGGAAGUCAUCUUCUGCAAAGCGGAGGAAAAUUGCCAACAAAAUUGAAGUGGAUCACCAGGCAAUUCGAACGCUCUUUGAAGAAUGCUUCGGCCCUAAAACUGCUUCACUGGAUGACCCUAUUGAAAGUAUCCUAGAUUUUAUUCUACUUACUGACAUCGAAGCAAUGAAAAUACAGCUUGUGCUUCUUCUCCUCAAGUUUCCAGAUAUAAGGAAAGAACAUCUGAAUAUAAUCUUGGACCUCAAAGGAUCUCUCAAUGGGACAGACAGAAAUGCCAUGUUGGAGGUGGUUUAUGAUAAUUGUGUGGGAUUUGAAAGAGGACACAAUUCAUUUUUUGAAGCGAUAGAAAUAAAGCCUGGAAAAUAUGGCAUCUGUGGCUGCUGCUGCUGCUAUUAGGAAAGGUCUAAUAUGGAAAGUCAGAAGCCACCCUCCUUGCCUGUGUCACAAAGACUCCAUCAUCAGCAGGCAACAUCUGAGAUCACAGCUACUUGAAAGUUACGAGGAGUGGCAAACAGUAUUUGUCUGCUGAAAACAGCCUGUAGGCCAUGCGAGAACAUGUGCCAGAGUGUUCAAGACAAGAAGAUCACAUAAACCCAAACUGUGGUUCCCUGCACAAAGUCCAGCUGAAAGGGGAAUGCACAUGGUUAGUGGGGUAGAAUCCUCCCUGAAACCUGCAGCUAGAUUCUUGCUUAGUUGGGCUAUGGCUGCUAGGGAGAGAAGCAUUGGACAGAGCCCCAUCUUGCUUCGGUCAGGGAUUGGGUCAGUAAGCCCCUGCCAUUUCCCCACUCCUCCCACAAUGCUCCUUUCCACAGUCCUGCACAGAGAGCCACUAUGUAGCAUGUUCUGCGGCAUGCAGAGGGCUGCGGAACCCUUCUGGUGCAUGGUUACCAGCUAGCAUCCUGCUCAGCAGGAAGGUGGCAUCUCCACAGCAUUUGGGCCUUGUGCGCCCACGGAGGGGAAGCAGGAUGUGGCACUUAGCUUUUGUGUCCCAUUCAGUUGCUUAAAUGGAAAGUCAUACUAAUAGCACAGCCCUUAUCUCAGUCCCUAAUAGCCCAUUGCAAUGGAUUGUGGAUAUAGUGUAAUUAGUAUCUUCGUUUUAUAACUGGCUUCAGAGCUGAGUUUGUCUUUCCAUCCAUAUAACUCAGUUGACUGAAAAUUUCCCCUGCUGUAAAGCUCUAAUUUCUUUAAGGUGGGAAUUUUUGCUGUGGAAAUCUCAUGUGCAGUGGACAGUUAAAAUAGCUGUUUCCGCUAAUCCUUUGGGUCGGUGUAAACUGCUUUCAGAUGUGAAUAGACAAGAAGUACAGUAUGGGAAAAUAAUAGGCCUUCUUUUUGCCCAUGUAUAGGCUGGUCAUAAUUUCAGAGCUGGAUUUGGUUCAAGGCCUCAUUUGCUAUUGUGUUAAUAGAGGUCACUGCCAUUCUGGUGCUCUCUGACAAGUGUAAACAAAUUAGCCAUGCAGAAAAGAACUGCUGUCUCAGACACUCUUCAACUCUCCUAGGCAGCCAUUCUGCAUCAGUGACAGCUCCCUCAAACAUGGCCUUUCACCCCUGUUUUGCUGGCAGUUCAAUGUGCUCAUGAUUAAUUAGGAACGGAACAAGAGAAGCAAGUUGGUUGGUUUUUGUGUGUAUGAAAAGCUUGUUAUCAAGCUGAUCUGUGAGAUGUUUGGGGGAACGUCCCCUAAAUCCAAAUGAAAUUUUAAAAGGUGUCACACUACAAAACUAUAAACUCUCGUCUGUGCUCUUUGCUGAGUCUGAAAGCUCAUGUCUUUAAUAACCUAGCUUUAAAGGCCAGAUUCUGCUUUCCUUACUCUUGGUGAAUGGUACCUCACUCUACACGUAGUCCCAAAUAGACCUGUUCCAAGUAAGGUGACACACAGUAGGCAAAUAUGUGGGUUUUAAAAAACAAGUCAAACAACAUUAGAAUUAUCAUGUAAUCUGCCUUAUGUGACCUUUCAAGGACCAACAAACACCAGCCGAGUUACAGAGGUUGUUCAUUAACCACAGUGGCACAACACCGUACCAAAAAGUUGCUCUCCCUUGUUUGCCAUCUCAGCUUGAACUCUUAAUUCACUUUUCCCUGUGCAGCUCUGCCCUGGCCUAUGCCUUGGUUCUGAUCUGUUAACAUGGCCCAUGUCCUUUCCAUGUCAAUCGGCCAAUGUGAAUUUCGUGAAUUUGUCUCGGUUUUGCCAAAUUUGUGAGAAAUUGCUGAGAAAAACAAACAAAAUCCCUUAAAAAGGACUCAGAGAAAAUCAAAAUGUUUCCUUUCAAAAAAGAUGAAACAUUUUGAUUUUUCCACUCAAAAUGACUGUUUUGAAAAUGUGUAAAAUAGUCAGACGUGGUCAGCAGUGAAGCGAACAUUUUGUUUGACUUGACACUAUAUUUUUUCCCAACUUUUUGUUUUGCCAAAAAUUUUGAAAAGUUUCAGUUCAACCCAAGCGGUUUGGUGUUUUUAAUUUUCCAGAAUGGCCAACGAACCAGAAAAUCCAUUAUUCGCACAGCUCCACUCACAGUCUUCUGAGUUUAUUUCUCCAGGCCCAUCUUCCGCCUUCCUCCACAGCCAAUACAAAGGCAGCUGGCCCUCCCUUUCCCUUUUUAACCUCCUCCUAAGACCUGUUCUUCUCUGAGGUCUGUAAAGACCAAAUACCUUCUGCAGCCCAACAUUAAAUAAUUGGAUGAAGGAAAAAAAAAGCCUUAUCUUUCUUUGGGGAUUGCAAACAGGUGUCAAGGGUUCAGAACCACCCUGUCCUUCCCAUACUGCUAAUUGUUGAGGGUAGAUGGGAGUGGAGCUUUGGUGGAGGUAAUUGGUCCUGAUCUAUGUCUGUGUUCUAGGACCCAAUCAUGCAAAUACCUACUACUGGGGUGAGUAGUAAGCACUACUUUGGGUUGUAAGGUUUUGCAGAAUGGUGCCUUUACUUUUUGAGCCUCACAGGGACAGGAGAUGGGGGAGUAUUAAUAUUAUUUUUGUCUUGUACAAUACUGAGCACAUCUUCGAUUCGCACUGACCAAAUGAUUUAAUCCCCAAUAGACUCUUUAUUGCUUUUAAUGAAUUGUGAGAACUUCAAAGUCAUAACAGUCAAUUUCAGCUAUUAAAAGAUGAGGAAGAGCGUUCUAACAAAAGUCAAUCAUUUGGCUACUCUUCCAAGACAGCUGACUCCCUCUUCUGUUUGAAAACAGAGUUUCUAAAGCUUCAGCUGGUCCAGGUAUUAGAUAAAUGUGCAAUUUUUAGUCCAGCUAAACAUUUAAUUGGAUUAUAAACCACUCAGUAAAGCAAUUAAAAAAAAUUCACUGCCACUUUGCACAGGUUGAAAGACAACACGGUCUGCAUGUUGCACCGAGCUCAUCCAGCCUCAAACUUCUUGCCACACAAAGAAAUAUGGACAUCUGUCAAAAUAUACAGCGCUGGGCUCUGAAUUGUGCUGGGUAUAUCAAGCCAGUCACAGUAGUCAUCCUUCUGUGCUAUGAUUUACGCAUUUAUUUCCAGGGGCGGGGAAUACAUUAUAUCUACAAUUUCUUGGAGAUAGGGUUAUAGUGAGCCCAUGUUUAUUGAUAUUUAAAUCAACAAGCAUUACAGAGAAAAUAAACAAAAACACACAAAACCCCUUGGACAUCCUGAUCACAGUUGGUCUAAAAAUACAUUCCACAGCACUGGAAAGAUUUCUUCCAAAUAAAUAUUGAUAAUUAGUUGCUUCUACUCUAUCUGAUACAUUCAGAGAAGGGUAUUAUGAUUAUUUAAUAAAUAAAUGUAAAUUGGAAACUGGCGUGUAUUUGGAACACAGUGUUAUGUAAGUAAGUCCUGUCUGUGUCUGUAUAUACAAUGUGUUCUGUAAUAUAUAUCUGUAUGUGAAAGAUUUAUUUUAAAUAAUAUUUCUUCAUUGUAAAUUUCUCUUCUUAUUUUGCAAA